AUGACACCUCGACGACCUUCUCUCGGCACAUCCCGAUCCUCACCCAUGCUGGGAUCUUGCGCCUCCAAACGAGCUCUCUCAGCUUUAAAUGGAUCAGCUGUCGACGACGAACCCACUCGACCUUUCAACGUUCGUCGUCGAGUUAGGAGAGCAUCGCAACCCGUAGAAACUUCUCGCUCAUCUUUGCGGUUCCGUUACAAUGCCCUCGACACGGAAGAAGCGCUUCGUGAAGGGUUUAGCAGUGCAACAGUCACCGCCACUGACUCGGCAUCUUCUGACGAUGACUAUGAUGCGACACUCUUCCUUAGCCGCCAAAGUCAUCAGCCACUCACGUCGCUCGAGUAUCUUGACCUUCCAGCGUCUUUGCCAUACUCCAUUGUCUCGCUACGUGCGCAGCUGCUCUCCUACCUCACAGAGCUCGAAGUUCGAGCACGAGCUUUCUAUUCCCAACGCAUCUCUCGAGCUUCCAUGUGCGGAAGCGCGCAGACAGAGGCGGCUUUAGAUGCUGCUAUCCCGACCGACGCAAGCACAAGCUCAACUGACACAGCUGCACCUCUGAACGACGGCCACUCGGCUGCCUUCUUCCAGCAACUCGAAGCCAUGCGUGAGGAUCUGCGCAGGCUCGUAGCCCUCCUCCCCUCGUAUCCAGCAUCUGCAUCUUCAGCUCUCGCAUCUCGCUCGCAGUCACUGGCACAAGAUUGGGAACGUCUUUCAUCCAGCUUCUCCUUCCCCAUCAGUUUGGGCAACGGUCUUCGAGGGCGUCUGCCACGCCUUCCAUCUACAUCAGCUGAGCUUCCAUCACUACCCACCAUGCCUUCUCUUCCACAGCUCGACUUCGACUUUGCAUCAGUGCUCGAACCUCUGUCGACGCAAUUGCCGAGCCAAGCCUAUGCACUCGCAGCAAAGAUGCAAGCGCGACUCGAAGCCAUCCAGGAGUCCGUGCGUACAAUGGCAUGGCGUGAUACACUUCAGAGCGCUGCCGAUCAAGGCGACUCGUCGACACUGUUACAGCGUUUCGAGAACAAGCUCGUCGAUCUCAAGACACGCUCUCGCUCGCGUGCCAACAGCUUUGCCUCGCGCGCAGGGCACGCCGUUCACGAAGCAGAAGAGAAGCUUUACCAAUUCGCAGUCGAGUUGGCUCGCAACGGACAAGAGCUGAUUAGUUACGAACAUCUGCCUCGCUUUUUCCGCAACAACGAGCAUAUUCUCUCUGGCUAUCGAUUCAUCCCUGUCGAGAACUGGCCAGCGCUUUUGAGGAGUACAUUCCAGAUUCACAACGAGACCGGCAACAUCCACACGCAUCUGUGGGGUCUCGCAGCCAUCGUGCCGCUCUUCUGGCCAAGCAAGGGUCUCGAUGAUCAGACAACACCCAUGGACAGAUUGGUCCAGACCGUUUACCUCUUUGCAGCCGCAAAAUGUUUGGCCCUCUCAGUCUCGUGGCAUGUCAUGGCAGGUUGUUCAGAUCGCAAGUGGUUCGAGCGAUUCGCCUGCGUCGACUACACAGGUAUCGCUUGGCUUGUAGCAGCUUCCAUCUGGACGACUGUCUACAACUGCUUCUACUGCCAGCCUAACUUGGCGCUCUUCUACUCGUUCACAACGCUUCUUGUCGGUCUCGCCGGUGCCAUUCUUCCAUGGGCCGAGUGGUUCAACAAACGAGAGAACAAGAGCUGGCGCAUCGCAGUUUUCCUGACAAUGUGUUUCACGGCGCUGGCGCCGUUCUCGCACGCUGCUUUCGAGCACGGCUUUGCCAAGACCAUCUCUUUCUUCAGCCCCAUCUUGCCUUCGCUCGCUUUCUACGUUGCAGGUCUAGUCUUUUACGCAACUCAGUUUCCAGAAAGUUGGGCACCAGGACGAUUCGACACAUGGGGUCACUCGCAUCAGCUCUGGCACAUGGGCAUCGUGAUGGCUAUCGUCUUCCAUUACCGCGCUGCCCUGGUCUUCCACACGAACCGCUUCGAGUUCAGUUGUGCCGUUCCCGGCGCUGACAUUGCUGCUGGUAUGGCAGCUUCAGCUUCGGGCUCAACUGGCUUCUUCCAGCGUCUAGUUGGCUUGCUGUCUUGGUCUCGGCCGUUGGGCGCGACAGGCAAAGCAGCAGCUAUCGCGACCAGGCCGAUCGACUCGAUGUUCGCCAAAGUCGGCGGUAUGGAGGGUAUCAUUGGUCUUGCCAGAGCUGACAACCAGAUCUUGCAAUGGAGGAGGUUGCUCGGCAAGGUUGGUAAUGGCGCUGUCGGACGAGGCUGGGAUGCGCUCGUUGACUGGGCUCAAAACUUCUGGUGA